AUGACAACUCACCAAGAAAGUUCUUUUCAAUAUCCGCAAUUUAAUAACAACGUUUACGGGCAACCACAACAUCAACAACCAGUUUUUAAUCAAGAAAGUUACAACUAUCAAAAUAAUUUUGGGGAAAAUUGGAAUUCUUGUUACUAUGAGUCAUCGAAUUACAAUCAAUACAACCAUCAACAACCAGAAAAUUUUGAACCAAAACUUUAUCCAAGAUCUUAUCAGAAUCAAAAUCAAAUCAGACAAUUUUCACCAUCCAGUUCAGAACAUCCCGAAAUAAUUAAAUCACCAAGUCCGAGUACUGAAAACAAUUUUAAUUUAUCUCCAGAAGCUAUGGUUAGUAAUUGGAAUGGAAGGUGUCAUAAAGGUCCGAAAAGAACGCGACAAACAUAUACGAAAGCUCAAAGUUUUGAAUUAGAAAAAGAAUAUUUAUGGCAAAAAUAUCUAACGAAAGCGCGCAGGAUGGAAUUGGCUAAAAUUACAAAUUUAGAUGAGAAACAAAUUAAAGUAUGGUUUCAAAAUCGACGGAUGAAAGAUAAAAAAUUAAAAAUCAACGAUAGGAUACACGAAGAACAAUCACUUUCACCGAUUAAAUUAGAGAACAAAAAUGAGAAUUUAUUAAAUAAGUUUUAA